UCCUGAGCCGGGGAAGCCAAGUUUGCUGUGAGAAGCUGGCUGUGUGCGCGUAGCGGCCUUGGGUGCGGUCCAGAGCCAGGAAGCACUCCUCGGGGUUUUAGACGAAGCUACCUGAAACACCAUGAAAGAUGCCUGGUACACCUGGGCCAUCAGCGUGUUUUGCACUUGGUCUGUGAUAUCAGGACAUCCAUGUAACAUUGACAAACAGGGACGGGCUGCCUGCAGUGGAAAGAGCCUAUUUCAUCCUCCAAAUUCUCUUCCCAGACGCAUCACCAGCUUGGAUCUGUCCUUUAAUUCCCUGAUGAUGCCCAAACAUGGACCCUUUCUGAGAAGCUUCCAGUCUCUGCACUCCCUGAACCUCUCCAGCAACAGCAUUCCUAGCCUUUAUCCUUCACUCUUUCAUAACCUUGGUGCUCUCCACCUGUUGGAUUUGAACAACUGUAGCAUUUCCCACAUCCACCCAAAGAGCUUCCUGGGAUUGAAAAACCUUCAUAUAUUACUCCUGAAGAACAAUAAACUUCAGUCUCUUGAUCUGUCCAUGUUCCUAACCCCUGGGAGCCUUGUCCAUCUGGACCUGAGAAACAACAGGCUUCCGCAUACAGUUGAACUUGUUCAGUCAACUGUGCCAAGAAUACAGCAUGUCCAACUUCAGGGGAACCCAGGGGUGCAAACCCACAGCACUGUAACUCCUUUCAGGCAGAUGCUACAACCAGGAGAAGAGCUCCAGACUCAUGAGGUUACAAAUCUGCACUAUCGGGACCUGAGUCUCAGAAAAAAACUUCGGUUUCCUCGUGCUGAAGACUCAACCAAUCCAACACAACUAGAGAAUGACACAUUUACUACCAUGCCCGCCCUUGAAAAGGCUGGAAGGAGCUGGCCAUACUUUGCUGGUUUUGUGCUUUCGGCCAUUGGCAUCUCCAUCCUGAUUGUACUGGUUGCCAAAUGCAAACUGCUCCAGCGGAACCAUGCCAGCUACCACCAUCAGCGGCUGCCUGAUUCCCACUCAGUCGGAAGUAGCCGCACGGAGGAAACUGACUCGGCUUAUGAGAGGAACCAGCCCAUCGAUGGAGCAGCUGGGAGCCCAGCUGAGGAUGAUGAUGGCUUCAUUGAAGAUAACUACAUUGAGCCCAAUCGAGACUUGAAAGAAGAGGAAGAAGAGGUAGAGGGGGAACUUGAGCCCCAUUUCAGAGUCUGAGGCCUGUUAGAAACCAAAGACCAAUGUUUUGCAUGCUCUCGGCUACGUACUGCUGAGCCUUUCCACUCUAUUUUCUAGGAACUUCCAGUGAUCUCCCUGCUGCCAAGAAGGGGGACUCAUUGCUCCCUCUGACUCCCUUCAGCCCCAGGCAUUAUGCUAGGCUCUGUAGUACAGUCACAUCUGGGGGUUCCCCACUCCUGCUAUACAGCUUUUUCUUCCUGUCAUGUGAUUCCAAAAGACCAUCCUGCCAAUUCUGAUCUUUCCCAGGCUUCUCUGUUCUCUGAGCUGAAAUAUCCUCUCACUAACUUUCAGUUCAAGGCUGCCUCUUAACUUCCAUGUAAGCAUGCAUAAGAUUGCUAGCAAAUUGACAGGCAGACCUAGUUUUAGCUAUGAGCCCAAGCCACUGUGAAAGUGCAGUUUUAGGCAUAAUAGUUUGAAAUGAAUAUAAAGCACCAACAAAUGUUUUGUCGGUUAAACAUGCAAGGCUGCUGGAAGAAAAAAAUAUUGGAAAGCCUGCCUUAGUUCAGAGGCUGUAAAUUAUUAUUUGACAAGCAAAGCAGAAAAGCUUGCUCCCACCUGUAAACAAUCUUCCAAGCAGGACUGCUAGUGUCCGGCCACUUUCACAGAAUUAUGUGGCCUUCUGGACCCACUUGUAAUCUGCUGUAUGUUACCGCCACUUCUAUCCUUUUUCUUAGUGUGGAAGAUUUGCUAAGGAAGAAAGGGCAGAAUAACUGCCCAAUGCUAUUUGUAUUAUUACAUGUAUAUUC